UUUUUUGCGCACUAUAUAAAAGAUCUGCUCCAGGUUGUCGGACAGCACAGUUCAAUAACAACAGCGCUACCAAACAGAACCCACAUUUGAGCGAAAGGCGAUAAUUUGCUAAGAAAAACAACAAAUUUCUAUUGCUAGAUUUCACAAAUACUACGAGUAAAUAUUAACAAUGGCAAAGUUUUUGAUUGGAUUUCUAUUUUUGACUGUUCUAAUCAUGUGUGCACAAGCGGCUCCUUCAGAGAGUGUAGCAAUUGCUGAUGCCUCGGCCGAGGUCGAUGACCUUUCUACGGCGGAUAGCAUUGGCGUCGGCUAUUAUGCACCCUCUUACUAUCGUCCAUAUUACGGCGGCUAUGGCGGCUACAAAUACGGCGGAUAUAGCGGCUAUGGUUAUGGCGGUUACAGAGGCUAUGGAAGCUACUAUCGCCGACCCAUUUAUCCAGUUUGGGGCUGAGAUCAAGACAGAAUAUAACGGACCUUAGCCAUUUAAAUUGUAUAUAUUUGUGUAUGACACUUGUAUUCUUAUAUUAUAUAAUAUACAUAGAUUUAUAGCACUUAA